CCUGCUGAUGGAAAAACAUCAAACAAAUGUGAAAUACUGAUGCUUGAAAGAACUCUACUUUAUACAAAACGUAACCUGUGAACUAUAUAUUAAGUACGUGGCUCGGGUACUGAAAGGAAAGCGAGCCCAUCCAAGUGAAUUGAUGGUUGGCAUGGUCUUACUUUUAACACAGUACUUCAUCAUUAAACUUUGAAAAUUGGAUUCAGAUGAAGAGUGUGUCUCUGGAUUGUUCUGUGCAGGACAGCAUGGCAGCCCUUCAGGAGAAAAGAUCUUCUGAAGAAAGAAGGCGCAAAAGUGUCCAAAAUGGUACUCAGACAUCUCAAGGACAGUGGGGAAGAGCAUGGGAAGUAGACUGGUUUUCUUUAGCAAGCAUCCUUUUCCUGCUCGUGUUUGCACCACUCAUUGUAUAUUACUUCAUAAUGUCCUGUGACCAGUACCAGUGCUCCCUGAUCAAUCCACUCGUUGACUUGCUCAUGGGGAAUACGCAUCUGUCUGACAUCUGGAACAAAACUCCUACGCUGACAUACAAGGCUGCUGGCAUCUAUAUCCUUUGGGUCACUUUCCAGGUGAUUUUGUAUGUGUUCAUUCCUGAUUUCUGCCAUAAGUUCCUUCCUGGAUAUGUAGGAGGUAUACAGGAAGGUGCUGUCACUCCUGCUGGUGUAGUAAAUAAGUAUGAAAUCAAUGGACUUCAGGCUUGGAUCAUUACCCAUGUGCUUUGGUUUGCAAAUGCCUUUUACUUCCACUGCUUCUCACCUACCAUAAUUUUUGACAACUGGAUUCCUCUUCUGUGGUGUGCCAACAUCCUGGGAUAUGGGGUUUCCACGUUUGCAAUGAUUAAAGGCUACUUUUUCCCUACUAAUGCCAAAGACUGCAAAUUCACUGGCAACUUUUUUUAUGACUACAUGAUGGGGAUUGAGUUUAACCCUCGAAUAGGAAAGUGGUUUGAUUUCAAGCUCUUCUUCAAUGGGCGCCCUGGUAUUGUAGCCUGGACUCUAAUUAACCUUUCCUAUGCUGCUAAACAACAGGAACUGUAUGGUCAAGUAACCAACUCCAUGAUCCUUGUCAAUGCCCUUCAGGGUAUUUAUGUUUUGGACUUCUUCUGGAAUGAAGCCUGGUAUUUGAAAACCAUCGAUAUCUGCCAUGAUCAUUUUGGAUGGUACUUGGGCUGGGGAGACUGUGUUUGGUUGCCAUACCUCUAUACUCUGCAGGGUUUAUAUUUGGUUUAUCACCCUGUCCAACUCGGCACGGCUAACGCUGUAGGGAUCUUGAUACUGGGAUUGGUUGGCUAUUAUAUCUUCAGGGUGACCAACCACCAGAAAGAUCUCUUCCGUCGUACAAAUGGCAACUGCAAGAUAUGGGGAAAGAAGCCGGAAUACAUUGAGUGUUCCUACAUGUCUGUGGAUGGUACAAGGUACUACAGCAAACUGAUGACCUCAGGCUUCUGGGGAUGGGCACGCCAUUUCAAUUACACAGGAGAUUUAAUGGGUUCCCUAGCCUACUGCCUGACUUGUGGGUUUGCACAUAUCUUGCCUUAUUUCUACAUUGUUUAUAUGGCUAUUCUGCUGAUCCACCGUUGCGUUAGGGAUGAACACCGUUGUUUCAGCAAAUACGGGAAGGACUGGAAGCGCUAUACUACUAAAGUGCCUUACCGGCUGAUACCAGGAGUAUUUUAAGACUAACACAGAAUCCUGGGGAAAUAAAAAAAGAAACCUUUUUUGGAUACAAAAAGAGCUUAUGCACACAGUUAAACCAACAAAAAUCAGUUUCUGUAGGCAACUCUUAAUGCUCUGGAGGAGAAAAGAUGGCUGGACAGCAAUUCUUCACGUAUUUAAGGAAUGUGCUUCCAUUAGCCAGUGGCUGUAUGUAAAGUAGAUGAAAUGAGGCACUGAAAUAGCCUCUUUUUUUUUUUUUUAACCUAGGACUUUUUUUUUUCUUUCAGUAUUAACUUGGAAUUGAAGAAAAGUUGCAUGUAUUCAUAUUCCUGAAAUCUCUCCUAUGCUUGGAAGAGGCUUUACCAUUCAGAGUAGGAGGGUUCUGGAAACAGUUUCCAGUGAGAUAGGAGUGGAGGAAAACAGGUGCUUGAUCUGUUCAUGAAAGCAGUUAUGCAAUGUGACCGCCUGUGGCAGUCAUGAUCUACAGUCAAUAACUACGGUCUAACUCCCAAAAGAAGGUUGUGGUGUUUGUUGCUUUUCAAGAGGCUAACUGGGGAAAUACUGAACCUGAUUCUAAACUGUUGUAAUGGGAAAACUGGUAUAAACUGAUAGAAAUACUUUUGAAAGCUGACAUAAAUUGCUAUAGCUGAACAGUUACAUUUGUUUACAGCACCUGAGAAUUCGGUCUACGACCAAGUGGGUAUUAUUUGAUACUGAAACCAACUUGCUUUGCAAAGGUACUGAGCAUACAUUGAAUUCUUUUAUGUGAACAGAAAGCUUGGUCCCCUAUCAUUUCUGCCUAAAAUCGUAUUUGUAAAACUCUGAGAAAUAAAUGCCUGGUUUCAUGACAAAAGAAAAACAAUCUUAUCUUUUUCUCUUUUUCUAUCACAUAGUUAUCUUUUAAAGUUUCAAGGUUCAAAGCUCUUCAAAGAAUGCAACUCCAAAGAGCUAAUUCAACAAUAGAUAAAGGAGAAAGAGGGAUCAGAAUAUUAACCAUGUAUCUUGUAACAGGUUUGGUAGUUACGUUCAAGCUAAAAGACACAGAUUUUUUCACGUAUAAAUACAUAGUUAGCUUUUACAGUAAGCAGAUAAUUGUGUCAACUGGUUUCUUAGGAGAGUUGCAGGAUACACUGAUUUUCAUGGCAGUUUUAAAUGAGGUGUGUCGGUGGUACAUGUUUUAGUCUUGUUGUAGUACUUUCUGAAAGGAUAGAUUUGCCAGGAGAAAAAGUAUCUCUCAAAACGCAGAAGAUAAAGGCAUCCUGUGGUUUGGCUUUGUUUCAGAGCUGGAUGUACAAGUGUGUAUGGUUCUUCUAAACCAAACUGUAGUGUCAAUACCACCUGUAGACCUCAGAUAACUAUUUUAUUGCCAUUUUGCAGAUAACUUCAAUACAAGACAAUGCUGUUACUAACAGCAUUUUCAUGGAGCUGGGAGAAGCUGUUUCAGACAACUCUUCCAGUUCCUUAACAGGACACAGAUGUGUGUUAGAAACACCCUGCUGCUCACCAUGCUGCUGUGUUGGCAGAACAGGCAACCCAGUCUUGUCAUCCUGAACGGUCACAAGGCACAAAAAGGAUGUGUGGAAGUGAUCAGAGGAAGAGAAUGCAGAGGCAUAAAAGCCUUGGAUCUGUGAGCUUUUCUAGAUAAGUGGUAGCAAUGUUUCAAUAAAACAAUUAAUUAGCAUCAAUUUCCAGUCUCAAAUCCCAAAGUAUUCCCAUGGAGUAAAAAGUUAAUUAGAUGUGUCUGGUAAAGAGCUGGUUACAAACUUCGUAAUGUCUUUAUAUUGCCAGAUACUGUUUAAAAUCCACCUGUUUAAGCACAUUGAAUUGAUAAUGCAACUGGCAGUGCAAAAUCUGAUGGAUAUGUUCAGCGUUACAGUUAUACUGGAGCUUACACAGGUACAAUUCAGCUCUUCUGUCUGUGUGACGCUUAAGCAUUAUCUUACCAUAAGGUAGGUGUCCUAGAGCCUGCAUGUUGCGUUAGGGAUUUCUAGCAUUUUGGAUAAGAAAUACAGUGAAAUAACAGCUCUUGCAAAUCCUUAACAUCAAAGGUUACUGUACCUCAUCUUCCUACAUCUUCUAAUUUCACCUGCGCUUCCACUUUGGAGAGGGCGACAUCAUUUUCUUGCCCAUCAGAAGCAAAAAGCGGAAUCUCUUCUAUGUAGCACCAUGUACAAAAUGCAGCAACUGCAGUCAGCGAGCUGGAAACCUCAGCAAUUGGUACCAAGUGGGCUGUUGCAAUUUAAUGAUGCUUUUGGAGAGGUUUGUGCCUGUAAAUUUGUUUGAUGCAGUAGCCUAUUUGAAGUGGUGCCUUAGGAGGAAUUACUGCCACAGUGAUGACACCCUGGCAAUAGAUGUUUUGCUGUGAUAUGACAUUCAGACUCCUAUUAAUGAAAAGAAGAACUGUUAAUACAAAUACGGAAAGAAAAAGAAUCAAUGCCAGCUGCCUUUACUGAAAAUGUAUAGGUCACCAAAAAGUGGUGCUGUAAAACAGUUGAUUUGAGAGUACUGGGUUUGGAGCAGGGGAAAACAGAGCUGUGAGCUUCCAGGACUUCUGGUCCCUAACAGGAGUGCAUUGCUUUAGGCUGACCCUGAUUUUGCUGGAGUAAUUGGAUAGUUUAUCUCCACAGCUUUCCAAAGGCCACACGUUUGCAUCAUUUUCUUAUGCAGCCUUGGAAAUUGCACCAACAGCUUGCUGUUAAUGCCAAGGCUGUUUAAAUACUGCAAGAUGAUCUGGACUCUUAAGUCAUGGUAGCCUUGCAUGCCACAGUAUGUCGUGCUCUUUUCACUGAUAAAUUCUGGAUCAUUGGUGGAAGAAAUUGCCCAAUUAAGGCAAAUGAAAAUAUCAGCAUUUUAAAAAUAAAAUGGAGAUAUUUGAAGAGAAAGGGUGGUAUUGUGAGCACCAAGUGCAUUAUGUAUUCAAAGGCUUCUUUUAGGCAAUUUAUGUUACAUCUAAUGUUAGCCAAAGGAUUUUCUGUACCAUCUGACACUAGAGCAUCGAAGCACUUUCAUCUGUUUCUUUGCUGCAGCCUUUGCUGCUACUGCUGAGAAUACUUUACCCUGCGGAUAGCCAGGCUGCCACGAGGGAGAACUCUUUGUCGGCCAGAUUGUUAAGCCCAUGGCAGCAAGCAAUUAGUUGCAAGACUGUUCAAGCGAGAGUCCGUCUCUAAGCCACAUUCACACCCUGUUUGUUGUGAGGAUGACAGCUCCUGGUUCUCUAGGCUUUCCUGCUGUCCAUGCAGAUCUUCAUUUAUAUUCCACCUUCGUGGCAUACAGGCCGAGUAAGUAUGUACUAUGUGUAUACAGGCUUCUCCAUCUUGCUGGGGCAGGAAGUGGUAAUUCCGUUCAGGUUUGUGUUUCUCAUAAAUAAACAAUUUUUUGGAGAAGCAUGAAAAUACAUAAGCAAUGCUGUAAGCCGUGCCCUACUAAUUUCAUCCUGUAAAACUGAAUCAUUUAAAAGACUGUUGACUUACUCAUCUUCAGAUGCCUGUGUGAUGUUUUGUGUUGUAUGCACGGCAGUGCUGUUUAAACUUGUUUCCCCAGAACACCAAAAAAUGUGUCAAGGCUUACUUUGCCUUGAAGAGUUUAUGGGUGAGUGUAUGUAUGAGAUUAACUCUUGCCCUGAUAUUUCAUAAUUAUUAAUGUUAAGCUAUCAAUAUUGCCUUUCAAGUUUUGAGAGCAUAUGUCUGUGAUAUGGUGGAAAUUUCAAAUACAAGGUUGCUAUUAUUUGUAAAAUGGUAUUACUUUAUACGCAGGUUAAAACUAAUGGGAAAAUGUAGCAAAAGCUUCUGAUACUUACUUGGAGCCGAUAAAAGGUACAAUAUUUUAGUACAUUUACUUCGAUAGGACUAUUGUAUGAAAAAAAGUAACAAAUGCCCCUUUGUGAGCAGGGCACAACAGGGUAAGUAAAUUCCAGAUUGCCCUUGACAUGUCUAAGGAAGAAAAUGCCUUUCUUCUAGUGCAUAACUAUUAUAGAUUGUCAGCAUCCAAUCUACAGAUGGAGCGGAGUGGGGAGAGGGGAACUUCCAAUAAUCUGGAGGUGGAGGGUGUCUUCCCACAUUAAAAAUUCUAACACUAAAGAACACUGCAGUAGGAUAGCGCUUCUGAGAUUGAUGCUCAUAGAACGUCCUUAUCUUUCAGCAUAAGGAAGGUUAUUCAUUUAUAACCAUUGAUGCAAAGCUGCAAUUCAAUUUAUUCCAAUCCAGGCUGUGAGAAUGCUGACACAAUUCAAUGGUGGACUGUCAGGUACGUAAUGCGUGUAGCUUUUCAACAGGUUCAUAAGUAUGUAGACUUCUUUUAUAAAACAUGUACCUCUGAGCAACUUGGGACUAGUCCAAAGUGCUAUGCUUAGAAUAUAAUGGGAUUUGAUAGUUCAGUUCCAGCUUUAUUCAGAGAAUAUAAAUGACAGCAGAAGUGUACACUUUUACCUCACGGGGGCAGCCACAAAAUAUUUUCUGCUCUGAAUUAUUAAUGUAAGUUCUGAUCAUGUGCCACUGCCCAUAACCCAGAGCUGCACAGGAUAAUUCUAAAUAAUGCACUGUUGUCAUUGGAGGUUAAAAGUGAUCUGCAGUUGAAAAUAAAAUUUCAAUUAUUUUGAAAAUAAUUGACUACUUUGCUUCAGUUAAUACAGAAAAAGCCUGAACGUGUUUGUCAAAUCAAAAGGAAAAUGAAGCUUGUGAUUAUUUCUUUUCCAUGUUACACACUAUGGUAACUGGACAAGUAAUGAAGUGAUUAUUUUUAAUUAGGCUAU